AUGGCACUCAAGUGUGAGGCAGCCCCACUGCUGGUGCUGAGAAGAGUGCUGGUGGACUCUGGAGUGUUGACUGUUUUUGUCUCAACAGCGUUCCACUCCCUCCAAUACAUCAUCACUGCAACCACCCCAGGAAUAGAUUUCCCAGAGUACAUUGUGGUGGGUCUGGUGGAUGAAGAGCAGUUUGUAUACUAUGACAGCAACAUCAAGAAGAUGAUUCCAAAGACAGAGUGGAUGCAGAAGAAUGUGCGUGAAGAUUACUGGACCAGUGAGACACAGAAGCAGGAUCGAGUUCAAGAGAUCUUCAAGGCUAAUCUGGCUAUCUUAAUGAAGAGGUUUGAUCAGACAGAUGGGGUUCAUACUUUACUGAGGAGGUCUGGCUGUAACCUAGAUAAAAAUGGCUCUGUCACAGGAUAUUUCCAGUUUAAUUAUGAUGGAGAAGAAUUCCUCAUUCUGGAUCUGAAAACUUUAACCUGGACUGCAGCUCAUCAAAAAGCUCUUGGUACCAAACUCAAGUGGGAGGCUGCUGGAGAUCCACAUUUCAGGAAGCACUAUCUGGACAAUGACUGUGUCGACUAUUUAAGGAAGUAUGUGGAAUAUGGCAACUCCACUCUGGGCAGGAAAGUCUCUCCUGAGAUGUCUCUGUCUCAGAAGGACUCUUCUUCUCCAGUGGUGUGUCAUGCUACAGGUUUCUUCCCCAAAGCAGUGAUGAUCUCCUGGCAGAAGGAUGGAGAGGAUCUGCAUAAGGACGUGGAGCUCAGAGAGACGCUGCCCAACCAGGAUGGAACCUUCCAGAAGAGGAGCGUUCUGACCGUCUCACCUGAGGAGCUGAACAGACACAACUACACCUGCAUCAUUCAGCACAGCAGCCUGGAGGAGCAGGUGGUGCUGUUGGUGUCUGACCUGUCAGGAGAUGGAGGGUUAUCAGCAUUUGUGCACACGUGGCUGUUCUGCUCCUCGUGCUCAUUGUUUUGGCUGGAGUUCUCAUGUGGAUAA